CUCAGAUAGCGUGAAGCUGGAUAGAGAAAGAAAGCGAGCGAGAGAGCACUGGAUUCUGUACCUGUGUCUAUGUCUAAAGAACGGAGAUAUCUCUUUUUUUCCCUUUCGCUCUUUCCCCCCUUGCUUUUUGCCUUAUUCUUUUUUCUUUUUUUUUGAUUCCUUGUGAAUCGUUUUCAUCUUUCCCGUUUAUUCAGUUCACCUCUAGCACAACUGGAUCCCUUAUUGGAUUGGUCUGACUACUAAAGAAGCUUUGAUGAACUGCUUUGGUAAAAACUGGUCAUGGAAUUCCUGAUACUCUGCCUUUCCUCUUGGAUAUUGCAUUGCAAUUCAGUGCGCGGGGACUCCAUCAUUCAUAUCGGUGCCAUCUUUGAGGCAAGCGCGGACCGAGAUGAUGAGGUGUUCCAGUUGGCCAUAUCAGACCUUAGUCUCAAUGACGACAUUUUACAGAGUGAAAAAAUCACGUACUCCAUAAAAUUCAUCGAGGCCAACAACCCAUUCCAGGCAGUGCAGGAAGCCUGUGACCUGAUGACCCAGGGCAUCCUGGCACUGGUGACGUCCACAGGCUGUGCAUCGGCGAGCGCGCUCCAGUCUCUGACGGAUGCCAUGCACAUCCCACACCUGUACGUCCAGAGGAACAACUUGGGGACCCCUCGCACUGCCUGCCAACUCAACCCCAGCCCUGACGGGGAGAGGUACACGCUAGCGGCCCGGCCCCCAGUGCGGCUCAACGACGUCAUGCUGAAACUGGUCACCGAGCUCCGCUGGCAGAAAUUUAUUGUAUUCUAUGACAGCGAGUAUGAUAUCCGGGGGCUGCAGAGCUUUCUGGACCAGGCUUCCCGACUGGGUCUGGACGUGUCUCUGCAGCGAGUGGACCGGAAUAUCAGCCACGUCUUCGCCAACCUUUUCACCACCAUGAGGACCGAGGAGCUCAACCGCUACCGGGACACUCUGCGCCGUGCCAUACUGCUUCUCAGCCCCAAGGGGGCGCAAACCUUCAUCCAUGAGGCAGUCGAGACAAAUCUAGCUUCUAAGGACAGCCACUGGGUUUUCGUAAAUGAGGAGAUCAGCGAUGCAGAGAUCCUGGAGCUUGUGCACAGUGCUCUGGGACGCAUGACCGUUAUUCGACAGAUCUUCCCCAUGUGGAAGGACAGCAACAUCCGCUGCAUGAGGAACAACCACCGCAUCUCCUCCCUGCUCUGCGACCCCCAAGAGGGGUACCUGCAGUCUCUGCAGGUGUCCAAUCUGUACCUGUACGACAGCGUGCUGAUGCUGGCCAACGCGUUUCACAGGAAGCUGGAGGACAGGAAGUGGCACAGCAUGGCCAGUCUGAACUGUAUACGCAAAUCCACCAAGCCCUGGAAUGGAGGUUGGUCCAUGCUGGAGACCAUACAGAAGGGCCGGAUAAGCGGGCUCACUGGCGUGGUGGAUUUCCAGGAUGACGGUUACAAUACUCACGUGCAGUUUGAGAUCCUUGGAACUAGCUACAGCGAGACCUUCGGCAAGGACGUGCGGAGGCUGGCGACGUGGGACUCCACCCGGGGAUUGAACGGGAGCCUCCAGGAGCGGCGGCUUGAGAGCGACAUGCAGGGAGUGACCCUCAAAGUGGUGACUGUGCUGGAGGAGCCCUUUGUGAUGGUAGCUGAGAACAUCCUGGGGCAACCCAAACGCUACAAAGGGUUUUCUAUAGAUGUGCUGGAUGCUCUGGCCAAAACCCUGGGCUUCAAGUACGAGAUCUACCAAGUGUUGGACAACAAGUACGGGCAAAAGCUUCACAACGGCUCCUGGAACGGCAUGAUAGGAGAACUCAUUAACAAGCAUGCAGACCUGGCCAUCUCCGCCAUCACAAUCACGCCCGAGCGGGAGAGCGUGGUGGACUUCAGCAAGCGCUACAUGGACUACUCUGUGGGGAUCCUGAUCCGCAAGCCCGAGGAGAAGAUCAACAUCUUCUCGUUGUUUGCUCCUUUUGACCUGGCCGUAUGGGUGUGCAUCGCCGCUGCGAUCCCUGUGGUAGGCGUGCUGAUCUUUGUGCUGAACCGUAUGCAGUCAGUGCAAGCACAGACCCCCCCUACCCACCAGCAGCAACCCCCAGCACCCUCCGCCUUCACCUCCCUCCAAAGCGCCAUCUGGAUCGUCUAUGGAGCCUUCGUCCAGCAAGGUGGCGAGUCUACAGUGAGCUCGGUGGCUCUGCGGAUUGUGAUGGGUAGCUGGUGGCUUUUCACACUGAUCGUAUGCUCUUCAUAUACCGCAAACCUAGCCGCCUAUCUCACCGUGUCUCGGAUGGACAACACCAUAAGAUCCUUCCAGGACCUGGCCAGGCAGGCUGACCUGUCGUACGGCACGGUGAGAGACUCCGCGGUGUACGACUACUUUAGAGCCAAGGGCACGAACUCGCUGGAGCAGGACAGCACCUUCUCAGAGCUCUGGAGGACCAUCAGCAAGAACAACGGGGCUGACAACUCGGUGUCCGGCCCGUCUGAGGGCAUUAGAAAGGCGAAAAAGUUGAGCUAUGCGUUCCUGUGGGACAUGGCGGUGGUGGAAUAUGCAGCCCUGACGGAUGACGACUGCUCGUUGACUGUGCUCAGGAACAGCAUCAGCAGCAAAGGUUACGGCAUUGCACUGCAGCACGGCAGCCCCUAUAGAGACCUCUUCUCACAGAGGAUCUUGGAGCUGCAGGAUAACGGAGACCUGGACAUCUUUAAGCAGAAGUGGUGGCCAAGGAUGGGCCGCUGUGACCUGGACAGCCAUGGCAGCCCACAGCCAGACGGGCGAGCUCUCAAGCUCCACAGCUUUGCAGGGGUCUUCUGCAUCCUGGCGGCCGGCCUGCUGCUCGCCUGCCUGGUCGCUGGCCUCGAGAUGUGGUGGAACAGCAAUCGCUGCCGACAAGAGCAGCCUAAAGAGGUUGCUAAGGAUUACAGACUGGCUAGCGUUUCUGGCCCAUUGACAUAUAAUGAUAUUACAACUGCUUCAUCUGGAGGGAGGAAGGACAUAUGGACAGAGAGAGACAGAAACUGGGAUGAAGCAGAAGAUAUUUAUACAGGACAAAGAGGUGAACCUGGAGCAGGUUCACAGGCGUAUGAACAGCCUUAUGGACGAGGACAUGGCUCACAAGGAGAUUCCAACCCAGUCUAUCGAGAUCUCUGCGCUGGACAUCGGCACCAUGCAGCCCAACCAGACCAUGAAGUCUGUGCGGGACUAUCAGAGCACGGGGCUGUCUGUGAGCACCUUUCUGCCGGAGCAGGGCCACGGGGCGGGCAGGACACUAACACAGGGCCCUGGCAGCAGUCUGCCCCUACCACUCAGCGGCUCAUCCACCAUGCCAUCCAUCCAGUGCAAACACAGAUCCCCCAACGGGGGACUAUUCCGCCAGAGCCCCGUCAAGACUCCCAUGCCAAUGCCAUACCAGUCAGUGUCCGGAAGACCAAUCCCAGAAGCCAUUGAGCCCACCCACGGGACAUCCAUCUGAUCUGGUCUGGGGAAUAAAAAAAAAAAAUUAAAAAAUAUAUAUAUAAAAAAAAAAAAAAAAUUA